GAGGGGGCGGCGGCUGGGGCUGGUUUGUAGUGGCCCCCCUUUCUGUUUUCAGUUCAAUUGCGAGAGUGGAGCUGUUUACUUGGCUCAAAUAACUAAAGUGAGGUGCUGCUUCAAUUAGCGUAAUCCCCCGUACAUAUAAUUUCAUCGAGUGCAAGUGACCGACCAAAGAGCAACGCUCGGAGCCCCAACAAAGGCUUCCAACUUCCACUUGUCCGGCGACUUUCCCUGGAGACGAGACUCCGCGGCGACGCAGGAAUCGUUUUGAACAAAAAAUAAAAGCCCCACCUCACCCACAAGGGACUCGGAGAGCGGGAGUCAUGCGGUUGGCGAGACAAUAAAGGCUCAUAAACUGGGAUAAAGAAAGAAAGAGCUUCUUUGUGCAUCUCGGGAAUCAUUUUCAUUCGAAGUUUGCGGGGACCAACAUCGCGUAACCAGCCAUGACUGAGGACGAGGAGCUGAUGAACAAGUACGGCAAGCCGCUCCGCUACGACCGGAAUUUCCAGGGACCCCGUCAGAAGAACCGGAGCUGCACGGACGUGCCCUGUCUUUUGCUAUUCGUCCUCUUUCUGGCAGGCUGGGGCUUUAUUGCCCACUACGCCAUCAAGAAUGGGGAUCUCAACCAGAUAAUGUCACCCACGGACUCGUUCAACAGGAAGUGCGGGCUCGACUCCGGAGUGCUGGGCAAAGAUAACUUGUUUUUCUUUGACCUGGGAAAGUGCAUCAACCCGAGCGUACCUCUCACCGGAUGUCCAACACCACAGGUAAGUGGAUACCAUUUAUUUCCCAAAACGAACUUAUCAAUCAUACGCUCCAUCCCACAGGUGUGCGUCGAAAGCUGUCCCACCGAGGACUUCAUGUGGGAUGAUAUGAAGAACAAACUUAACUUCGGGGACCUUCAUAGGCGCCUCAUCUGUCAGUCGGAGGAGCUUAAGUCGGGAUUACGGGACAAGGCGCAAAUCGAGGAUGCAAUCAGAAACAAUUUAUGUGCGCGGUCCUACAUGAAGAGCGAAUCCUUCUUCAAACGCUGCCUUUCCGGGUUCCCGUCACCGGGUUGCAUCCCGCGCAAGUUCGGCCGGUUGCCCCGCGAGGUCGGUAUUAUGCCGGGAAAUGCCAGUGCCCUGGUAGGGGAUCUCCAGCAGGAGGAGUGCCGCAAGCCGGAAGAUGUCAUUAAGGAGAAGAUGAGCCAGGCGAACGAUCUACUGGCGCAGUUGGUGGGUAAUUUCAUGUCCAACUUCUACAACGACACGCAAGAUGCCCAGCGCAUGGGCGAGGAGAUUGGCGAGGACUUGAUCAACUCCAUGAACGUUAUACUGUGGGCCUGCGUCUGCACCCUGAUCGCCUCCCUCAUUUUCAUUGCACUGAUGCGGUGGCUCUCUGGUCCGAUCAUGUGGUUCUCCAUAUUUGGCGUGCUAAUCGGCCUUCUGGUUGGACUCUAUUACAGCGUGAAGGAGUACAUGUUUUGGCAGAAGGCGGCCACUGGCACCAUACACGGGCCGAAUCUGUAUGCUACGGUUCAAAGCAUUAGGCAAAACCCGAAGACAUGGCUGUACCUUUCGAUAUUCGUUGGAGUGUGUUUCGUGGUGAUCCUGCUGCUGGUGAUUGUGCUGAGGAAGCGAAUCCGAAUAGCCAUUGCGCUGACGAAAGAAGGCAGUAAAGCGGUGAGCAGCGUAUACAGCACUGUCUUCUUCCCUAUUUUCUCCUGGGUGCUCUUCAUCGCCACCAUUGUCUUCGCCGUGGGAGUGGGCCUGUACUUGGGCUCCAUUGGUGAUCCGACCUUCCGCAUGGUGCGUCAGCUGACAGACAAAGGUGAAGCGACCAACGAGCCUUGCAAAUGUGAAGGACCAGCUUUCAACUACACGGUGGGAGAAGCCUGCAUCCCGCGAAUCUUCGAACAGCACUGCAACAACUAUGGAAGGCCCUGCACACAAACCACAUGCAGUUUUGUGAGCAUUAAUAACCCGGCGAAAAUAGAAUGGGCCAUCGCCUAUGACGUUUUUGGCUUCCUGUGGCUGAGCUUCUUCAUCUCGGGCUUCAGCUACAUGGUGUUGGCCUCCACAUUUGCACGCUGGUACUGGACGUUCAAGAAACGGGACGUCCCGUUCUUCACCCUCACUGGAGCCUUUUGUCAGACGGCCUUUUACCACCUGGGCACCGUGGCCUUCGGCUCCCUCAUUCUGGCCAUUUGUCGGAUGAUCCGCAUAGUCCUCGAAUACAUCGACCAAAAGCUGAAGAAAUACGACAACGCCGUCACCAAAGCUAUCCUCUGCUGCAUGCGCUGCUUCUUCUGGCUGCUGGAGACCUUCCUGAAGUUCCUUAACCGGAACGCUUACAUCAUGUGCGCCAUUCACGGCAACAACUUCUGCAGCAGCGCCAAGGACGCGUUUAACUUGAUUAUGCGUAAUUUCCUGCGCGUCAUCACGCUGGACAAGGUCACAGAUUUUCUGUUCUUUUUGUCCAAACUGCUGAUUACCGCCGGAGCGGGGGUAUCGACCUUCUAUUUCCUCGUCCACUAUCCGCCACAGAUUCCGCUGCAUUACAACGCGGUGCCGACCACGGUUGUCGUAAUUGCCUCCUUCCUCAUCACGAGCGUGUUCUUCAGUGUCUACUCGACGGCGGUGGACACAUUGUUCCUCUGCUUCCUGGAGGACUGCGAGCGGAACGAUGGCUCACAAGAGAAGCCGUACUUUAUGUCCAAGCAGCUGAUGAAGAUUCUUGGUAAGAAAAACAAAUUUCCGCCCCGUCAGCAGCGCGGAAAGUAGAAUAUUCCAACACGAAACUGCAGUGCAAAUUUAAAAUUAAUACGAUUUGAAAAGGAUACACCUAUAACAUGUAUAAAAUUAUGUAUAUUUUAUGUAUCCCGAUAUAGAACGGGUUGUGAGCCGUUGCUCAAGCCACAGGCUGCAAUAGGGUUUGCAUGAAAUGUGAACCAUUUUGCCAAUACUCUUAAUCUCUAAUGUUAAUGCUAUUGUAUAUAAUACGCCAAGAUCCAUUCAUAUAUGACAGUGUAUAUGCAUGUGAACGAUUUAUUUGCGGCUAGACGUGCAAAUGGAGAUGUGAUAGGCGCCGACCAAAAAGACCAGAAGCAAUACAAUACAAAAACGAUUUAUGUAUGCAGGAACACAUAGUACAUAUCUCACAUUCAUACUCCUUAGUUUACGAAUUAACUCGAUCACGUUACUUUCAGUUACAUUAUUAUUUUCGAAUUUAAUAAAAAUGAAUUCCACGAA